AUGACCACUCUCCAACCCCCAUUCGAUGAUUGCCUGUUUGCCCUCUCCACCAUCUCGCAUCGCCUGGAGUAUCCUCGCCCCCUCAAGCACUCCUCCCUUCAACAAAAACAUCUGAAAGUCCUAAACCUCCUAGCGUUACUAUUAAUCACCGAGCCUAAUAGUGAUGUGGCGGCUACAACUCUCAUACGCACUACUAAAUCUGUUACGAUUUUAUUCUCCAAAAAUCGCCCGUGUACUGCUCCCGAAUCAUCAUACAUCCAGACCCUCCAGGAUAUCAUCACCUCGACAACCCGAGAGACCAGUUCCAUUGAAGACACUUGUCGGCACGCCCUAUCUCUUGUCAUCGACAACUGCUCGGGAAAGGUUAAGGCGCGCCUUAACAAGCUUGUUAAUCGGCUUAAAUCAGGUUUCACAGCCAACCCGCCGUCUCCUGACACCUCUACCCUCCUUUGGGAAAGGCUUCAGUCAACAGGAUUCCCGUCCCCGUCCGACAUACCGCUUGAAAAGUCGAUCGCUCAUUGGCUCACAGCUCUCCGCAACGCACCCACUAGGGCACUAGCUGGCACCCGUGCGAGUAGUACUCUCUUCAUAGCAUACGCUAUCGGUCACACUCCAGGUAUAGACUCGGUAAUUGAUGACCCCGUCUUGCUACGUCGACUACAGAAACUCGGCGACUACUUCGCUGCCGUUUGUUGCCUUGUGGAGGGCUACAGCGAACUCGAGCCACGCCUCACCAUCACUAUUCGUGAAAUUGCACCGCCACCACCGGAAAUCAUAACUCUCAAAUAUGACAUUCUUGGUACCGUGAACGCAUGGGCCAGCCACCGAGUCCACCAUCCUCUCACCCCGGAGAGCCUCCUCUCCGCCUACCCAAGCCUCACAUCCCUGUUCGUCCCCCCCCCCAGCACCGACUGGAUCGUCCCUCCCGAUAAUCCACCCCCCAGAACCGUCACGACCUCCGUUCACGCGGAAUGCACCCUCCUCACCCAUCUCCUCACCCUCAAGCUACCAUUACUGGAACUCGGCACUUCCAAGAGCGUCUGCUGGGCCUGUGGGAGCUUUAUCGCCGCCCUUGGCAAGUCCUAUACUGGCACUAUACACCUCUCGGGGCGCCAGGGGAAGGUUCACGCGGGUUGGCGGUUCCCGGAGGGAACGUCGGUGGCAGUGAGGGACGCAGUCGAGCAGUGCUUGAGUCAUGAGAUGGAUAUUGUGCUCGCUCGAGCUGCGAGAGCGAGGCGUUCGGAUUCGGAGCCAAGCGGGUAUGAUCAGAAAAGGAAGGCAUUCAAAACGACUGUGGGUGAAAUACUGUCGGAGGAGUUUUGGAGUGCGGUGGAGUGA